AUGGCAGACGCAGGUGCAGGAUCAUCUGAUGGAAAAAUGGUGAAGAUCAAGCCGCAGGAUAAGUCAUUGGGAUUCGAUGGGAACAAUGUCGAGAGAUUCUUGUCUGACUAUCAGCUGGCGGCGAGGUUGGAUGGUGCAUCCGAUAGUGAUAUGGCCCAGCAAGUUCGGUUCUUUGUGCGUGGCGAGGAAGUUAAGGAUGUGCUCGAAACGUUGGAUGGCUUUGAACCCCCAAACUGGGCACUGCUAAAGGCGGCAAUGCUGGCCCAUUGGGGAAAGGUGGAUAUCGCAAAGUUCACAACCCAAGAUUUAGAGUCGUUAGUGCAGGAGUGGAUCGACAAGGGAGGAGUGUCUUCAUUAGUCAAUUAUCAGGACUUUAGGAAAGGGUGGGAGCCCAUUCGGUCUUAUCUCCUUAGAAAGGCCCACAUCGACUUGUUGGAGGAGAUUCGAACAUUGUUUUAUCACUCGUUUUCAACGGCGGUGCAAGAGAGGAUUCGGGAUCAGCUUAUCAAAGACAAGACAAUGAUCACGACGUUAGACAACCGCUUCAAACUUCCUGCCUUUGACGUUCUAAAGAAGGCUGUAGACGAGGUUAUGAAGGGUCAGACUGCAUUAACUUUUGAGGAUUCUAGAUCUUCCAAUCCUGUCUUGACGUCACUGUUUAAGCAAUCCAACAACAUAAUGAGUAAGAUGGAGACAGAUCGACGACCAAAGGAGGCCCCUGUUUCAGCAAAGGCACCGGCCACCGUUGACGAAAUUUCGAAGAUGCUCCAGUCAUUUGAGCAAAGGCUCGAGAAGAAGUUUUCCGCAAGCGCUGUACCUCCUUCUUCCUUUCAUUCCAUUCGACUCGUGCACGCCCGAUCCGACAUGUAG